AUGGGGGUGGGAAAGGCCGAUGGCGGAUGGUUGGCUAUGGCGGAUGGCAUGGCGACUGGCAACUGGCGACUGGCAACUCUGGCGGCUGGCAGCCGGCAGCUGGCAGCUGGCUGGUGGCUGGAACUGGCUGGCUGGCUGGCGGCUGGAACUGGCAAAUGGCGGGUGCGUGGUGGUGCGUGGUGCUGGUGUGUAGCGAAAAGAGCAGGGGAAACAGGCCAGCAGCCAUGUACAGUACGGAAGGGGUCCAGGGCCUGGAAAAGGUUGGGGGGAUUGAUAGGAGGGGGGAGGGAGGCACGGCAAAGUGGCGUGGCUCCAGCUGUGGUCUGGUAG